AGUGCAAUAAAUUGCAUUGCUUUAGUUCAACGGGAGCUUAGAAGUUUGUUGUUUUGAUGUAAAGUAAAAAAUGAUUCUUUUGUUUGCUUUAACAUUAAAAAGAUAAAAAUAAAGUAAAAAAAUGAGUGCAAGUGAUUGAAGUGCAAUAUUUUUCAAAGUAGAAUUGUGUCCAUAUGUGCAAGUAAGUUGUAAUUGUAAAAAUGCGUAGUGAAAAAGAGAGAAUUGUGUAGAAGCAAAUAUCUGGUCCAUUGAUGAAAACAAUGUUUCUAUAACUGCUUCGCCUUCGUUUUCAAAGUAGAGGUUUACGAUAAGAGAUUUGAGGAGAAAGUUAAUAUCAGAAUUAAUUUGAGUCUUGUUCCAAAGUGGUCUGUAAAUAUAAAUAAUUUUCAUAAUUAAAAAAGAGAAAAUGGCUGCCAAUAGUGUGACUGGGAAUGAAAUGCUACUCGAUGAAGUUGAUUUUGUUAAAGUCUCUAAUCAAAUAAACAACAAUAAUAACGACAAUUAUAAAAACAAUUCAAGUCAACAAUUUAAACAUAAUAAAGUGCCAAAAACUUCGUUCAAUGAAAAUGUGCCAAAUGUAAUUAAUAAUAACAACAACAAUGGUAGCAACGACAAGAAAUUAUCAAAGGAUAAAUUAACAAUUUUUAGUUUUGGCAGAAAAUUAUUACAAAAAUCAACUGAGGAAAUUAACGCUAAAGAAGAAUUGAAAUGCAAGAAAGGUAAAGCGGGGGAAAAAACGAAUCGUAACGAUGAAGAAAUAGACAAAUCUAAUCCGUCAUUUUCACGCAAUGGAUUUUCAGAAUAUCGUAAUUCCAUCAAAACUAUGGACACAUCCUCCAAGCAGCAAAAGCACACAAAACCCUCACCCUUGUCCAAGCUAUUGAAUAAGAAAACGGAAAGCGAAUAUAAAUCGAAAUCCCUAAGUGAAUAUAAAUUCAACACUUAUAGUGGACGCCGCAAGUCAACCAGUCCACAUUUGGAGCGAUUUAAACGUUAUACCAAAGAAGAGGGUGAUCCAGCCUCCAUACCUGUAGAAAUUAAACAUGUAACUAAAGACUUUGACUAUCAGUGUACUAAUUUCGCAGUUGGCCAACAAAGCCAAGAGGUGUCUGGUCAUUCGAGUUCCUUAGCUUUGCAAAAUUUUCAGGAGAACCAUGACAACGAUUUGCGUAUUAAAGCUAUACGUUCUUUAUCCCGCGGCUUGGGCAAAUUAUUAUGGCGACGUACGCAUAGUGUCGACAUUAGUUCACCAGAUCCCGAAUAUAAAGUCUCAUAUCUGGGCAACGUUUUAACGGGUUGGGCCAAAGGUGAGGGUUGCGUUGAAAAGCAACUGAACACACUGUGGCGAAAUUAUACCCAAAAUAACAAGCCUGAUGUAAUAAUGAGGAUAAAGGUUUGUGCUUCAGGUCUUAAAGCAACAACGAGACAACAUGGACUAACGGAAUAUUGGGCUAAUCGUAUAACACAUUGUUGCGCUCCAAAGAAUUAUCCGCGGGUGUUUUGCUGGAUUUAUCGUCAUGAGGGGCGGAAACUUAAGCAUGAACUUAGAUGUCACGCAGUGCUUUGUAGUAAGGAGAAAAUUGUACAUGAGAUAUGUGAUACAUUAAAGGGUAAUCUUGAACGCGCUCUGCGUGAAUUUAAACGAGAAAAAAUUCUCAAACAGAACGCUCGUUUAAGUCUAGCCAAUGCAGUCUAUGAUAAUCCCAGUUUACCACGUCGGAAGAUUUUACUCAGUGUGGGCAGUAAUAACUAUCGUCCGCCAUUGGAGCGUUCAAAAUCAGCGCCAAAACUAAUGGCUAUAGAAGAAGCUAUCGGCGAAGAAGGCGAAGAAGUUGAAGAGACUAACGAGCCAGAAAUGAAAUCUUGUUGCCAAAAAGAUUCGUUUUACCCAGCCAUGACCCUUGGACGACGACGCUGCCGCCGGGGCCACUCCAUACGUCGCACAGGCAAAACUAGGCCCCUGAGUUUCGAUGUGCUGAAUAAAAAUUUUGAAGAGCCCUUAUGUACUGGUAAAACCAGGCCGUUAAGCUGCAGUGUUUUGAACAGAACAUGUCGAGAGCCAUUAUUCUUUGAACAUCAAACCAAAAUUGAUCAGAAACAUAGCAUGAAGGACAACAAAAAGUCCGAAGCAAAAGACGAGGAACUAUGUGCAGUGAAUUAUGGGUCCGACGAUUCAGAUGAUUUUGAUAAGAUUUUAAAACACAAUGACUAUGAUGCAAAUGCUUCCUUAGCUAAGGAAUUGUUGCCCUAUUUUGAACGCGAAUUACAUAAACAAACGAGCAGCAGUUGUAGCAGUUUAACCGAUUUGAAGGAUGUUGAAGACGAAGAAGAGUCCUUAAGUUUGUUGCCUACUAUUAAUAGUGACCCUGGCGCUCAUCCUGAGGCUGACUUUGAUCCACACGAGAAGUUUGCUGAGGAUAAUGAAAAUUCCCAAACCUCAAGUCUUGCAAUGAUUACUUUAAGGCGUUCGGGUAUAUGCAGUGAUGGAGAAGGUGAAUACUUGGUUGAUGAUGGCGAUGAUGAUGAGAAUGAUUUAUAUUUUCACCAGGCUGCCAUACUUAAUAUGUUGCACCGUCACUCCAUGCGCAAGAUGGCCCAUUUAUCAUUAAGUAGUGAUGAAGGCAGCAGCAGCUUAGAGACUAGUGUUAGUGGAAAUUUCGAAGCAAGAUUUCUGUCGGCUCAUCACCAGGCACAAUCAUCUAUAUCGUCGGAGAGCUCUUCUGUUAGCCUUCCCAUACCGACACCUCGCGAUCAAAUUAAUAACGAUAGCGCGGAUGACGGUUCGAUAUCGAGUGGAUGUGAAACAUCUAGCACCGUAACCAAUCAUCGCGACGAUGUAUCUUCUAAAUAUCAAUUCCCAAGCUCGCAACAAGUUGACGAGAAACCAAUCUUCAUGACACACCCAUCAGUCAUGCUGAAAAUAAAUGGCAAAGAAUUAAAGAAGGAGACGAUUAUUUGCACCAAUUCUAAUAUGAUUACUUUAAAAGUGAAAGAUUCCCUCAACAAUCACGAAAAAACUGAAGCAGACAGUAGUAAAACUGAAAUUUCCAGUCACUUUAAAACAGUCCGUCUAGAGUAUAAGGAAAACGUGACCAACGAUUCAGAUUCCGAGUGCAGUGAUGAGUCUGGUUACGUAGAAUAUCAGGAACAAGAACAGAAAACAAAUGGGAUCAAUAACAGACAACCAAAGCCAAUAACUUCAAGAGCUAAACCUCAAAUAGCCCCCAAACCAAUGCCUCGAAAAUCUUUACGUUUUACUAAUGACACAGCAGUUUAGAAAAAAACAUGCUUAUUUGCAUAACUAAUUACAGGCGUAUACCCACAGUUAAGCGCACGUUAUUCCAAAAAUGUAAAGAAAAUUUAUGUACAAACUUCUUUCUUUUUCUCUUUUUUAGAAUAUUUAUUUUGCAACGAAAUUGUAACGAUGAGUGAAAUUGUUUAAGUAAUUUGUAAAAUAUUGUUUUCCUCCAUUGCUUGCAAUUCUCCAUGCGUACGCUUCCCUUGGUAUUUGUUUCGUUGAUUUUUCUUAUUUUUCAUGUUUUAUAAUUAGUUAGUUUAAGUUAUUUAACACAGUAGCUUACUAUCUGUCUUACGUAUUAUCUCCAACCGGUUUCAACAUUUUUAAGUACUCGUAUUGUAUUUCGGUCUUAGUUUCCCUUUUAGUAUAGCUACUAACGUUUUAAUAUAUUUUCUUUGAAUGUUAUACAAAUGUAAAUCUAUAACUUAAUCGGAAGGUUUUGUUUUGCAAAAUUUGUAAUAUAGAGAUAUAUAAAACCAUUAAAUAUAGAUCAAAAAUGCCGUUUAUUAUUAUAGUAUA